AUGAUUUACAUCAGCUGGUACCAUCAAAAUUUUCCCCGUAUUUUCGGGGUGUUCAGCUACAUAAUUAACCCAAUCUUUAUCUACCUGGCAUUGACAAAAUCCAAAACUCAAAUGGGCAACUAUCGGUUUUUGUUGGUGGCUUUCGCAGUUUUUGACCUCUUCUACUCGACGAAUGAGUUUUUGACCCCUUUGGCAGUAACCGGCAAUUCGCAUGGAUUUGUGGUAUUUCUCACCGAAGGACCAUUCUUCGAGCAUCCAGAACUUGGAGCCCACGCGAUUUCCAAUCGCUGCGGCUUCAUUUCCCUGAGCUACGCUUUAUUGAUCAUUCACUUUGUCUACAGAUACAUAGCCCUGUUUCAUCCUGAACUGCAUCGCAAUUUUUUUCAUCCAAUUGGUGUGCUGAUCUACGCGCUCUUUUUACUCAUACAUGGUGCAUCGUGGUCUGUGAUCUGCCAGCAAUGCCUUGGCGGUACUGAUGAGAUCCGAGAGCUGAUCCGGGAUGAGUUUAUGGCAGAAUACCACGCAGAUACCAGGGAUGUACCAAUGCUGGCUGCACUUUAUUGGAACGCAAGUGACGCUAUUCGUUUCCGUAGUUGGCUCGGCAUCGUCUUACUGACUGUGAUCUCAUUUUAUGCGAUGACAAUUUAUUUUGUGUUGGGCUACAAGAUUAUGAGAAAAAUUCGGUCAAUGCAAGCGAACAGCAGUAUGAGCAAGAACAGCAUUCGGCUGCAGAAAAAACUAUUUUUGACGCUAAUUAUUCAGACCUGCAUACCAAUAUUCGCCAGCUUUCUACCUACAGUACUCUCGUGGUAUGCUCCAAUUUUCGGAAUUGAUUUGUCUUGGUGGAACACCAACGUGGCUACCGUAGCCCUUUCUGCUUUCCCAUUCAUCGAUCCGUUGGCUGUGAUCUACUUGGUGCCAAGCUAUCGGAACGCGAUUUUGAGAAAAAGAGACCCGACGGUGGCUAGCAGUUCAGCAAUACAAGGGGCUAAUAAGAAUGCGUCGAAAAUUGAUUGUAGCAGUGGGAUUAACUAA